AUGCCUCACAGUGUCCUAGACCUGAAUGUUCACACUCCCGAGCAAACGCCCGUCGUGUGGCUGGCGCGAACGUGGCAGGAAGGAGCGAUCGCGGCUGCCGAACGACCGCUCAAGAAAAGCAAAUUUUUGGCUUAUUUCGACCUGUGCAGGACCACCAACGAUGUAUAUCGCAUCCUUCUGGAAAGAAUCAAGUUUGUCGAUGUGCCUGAAUUCUUCACGUGCGAUCGGAAGGAGCGCAAGUGGAACGCCAGGAAGCGCCAGGGAUUCAGAAUGCUAGGAAAACUGUAUCCCGUCUCGCCAAAACACGUGGAGCAAUUCUGGCUCCGCGCUAUUGUUCAGCACAGGCCGUUUAUUACGAGCUACGAAGACACAAGAACAGUUGAUGGCGUCGAGCAUCAGUCCUUCAGACAAGCGGCGGUCGCAUUGGGACUCGCCAGAGACGACCAAGAGCAUAGGAACGUUCUGGAGGAAGCUAAAACGGGCUCAACCCCAUUUUCAAUGCGAGCGCUGUUCUUGAUGCUGCUCCUCCAUGCUGGCCCUGCGCAGCCCAAAGAACUUUGA